AAUUUGAUUGACGGACAUGCAACCCUUCUGGCUGCACAUACAAUCUUUUCUAUACCUAGAGCUCAUUUACACAGAUACAGUACCAGCUCAGGAAGUGAGGGGGACGAGGAUGAAUCGAUGUAUUCCGCGGACUCCGAGUCGUGCAAUGGUUCAUUUGACUCACUCGACUUGCUCUUGUAAGCGCACAUGCUCCCAGGUCGAGGCAGAUGCCUUUCUGCGGUGGUGCCAGUCUUACUAGUCGCCGACGCCCGCAAUACUAUCCCCCUUCUUUCCAGCGCUCUUUACCAGAGAUACGUGUGGGGAAUCUGUCAGCCUGUGGUCGGCCUGUGCUGUUCGAGCACAGGUACGAUUGCCACCGCUAUCUUCGGGUGGCUGGACCCCGACCAGUCAGAGGAAGGUCGCAUGCCUGUAGUGCAUCUUGCUUUAGCAGCUGAUUAUCAUUUAUAUCCCUUGAUGGGAAUGUUUGACUUCGCUGACACCAGUUCCGCCAUCUGCCUCGCGCAGUUCAUUUUGGGAUUGCGGAAUUAUUUUGAAGAUAUCAGGGGUGCCACAUCGAUAGAAGCAGUCGAUUCUCUGACGUCCUGGACCCACCACGUAUGCGUGCAGACGAGUUCUAGGUGCGGGUUUUUGUUAUUCAUGGCAAGCCCGAAUGUGGUACCCGGCCAAUAACUCGACGUGUGUCACUCCUACCAACGCAUGACUAGCUCGAAGCCUUAGUGCCUAUCGGCUGUCCAAGGAGACGCGCGUAACGGGCGAGAGGAGACGGCGAGUCCAGGCUUUGUAAUUACCCUGACUCAUCGCAGAGGUCAU